AUGCCCCGCAAGCCCAUCGAAAUCGACGGGCGGACCGGAGAAGGAGGUGGACAAUUAGUCCGUGUCGCCAUAGCCCUCGCAGCAGUAACAACCCAACCAGUACGCAUCACCAAUGUGCGCGGCAACCGUCAUUCGAGUGAUGGAGGAAGAAGCCGUAGCAGCAAAACAGGCGAAGGCAGCAGAAAAGGAGGCGGUCUCAAAGCACAACACGUCACCGCGAUCCGCUGGCUAGCAGAAGCAACAGACGCAGAGGUAGAAGGCCUAUCCGUAGGCAGCAGUACCCUGACUUUCAACCCCCGUCUACCGCCCUCCGCCGCUCUAGACAAGUACAAGUCCCGCAAGAUCAAGAUCGUGGCGGACACGACCGCGGCGAGCACGCUGCUGAUUAUCCAAGCCGUCCUCCCCUUUCUUCUCUUCGCGGGCGGAGACGCAGACGCUGGGCCCACCGGCGAUACCUCGUCGACGCCAAAGCCCAAACCCACAGAGCUAGAAAUCCAGGGCGGGACGAAUGUAGACUUCUCGCUCUCGUACGAGUACCUAGACCAAGUCCUCAUCCCGCGCCUAGAAUCUUCGUUCGAGGGCGUACACGUCGGCCGGGAACUGGUGAGGCGCGGAUGGAGUAGAGGUCCGCAGGGCAAGGGUUCCAUCGUGCUCACGAUUCAUCCUCUCAAGCCAGGUCAGACUCUACGUCAGACCUCUGCCCCGAAGAACCCACACGAAGGCACACCCACCGGCCUUCGCGACGUGGUGCACUGCAUAGACGUCACAAUGAUCGCCCCUUCAGACUCGGAGGCUCCCUUGCAAGAGACACUGGCAAAGGACAUCGCACUCGCUUUCCCCGAUGCCAAAAUCACCUUCAAGCCCUUUGAGGACUCUCACAAUGAGAAGCGGACAUACGUCCUCCUCGUAGCCCGCGACGCCUCCGGAACGUUAUGUUGGGGCAGGGACGAUUACGUGUCUGGGCCACCGCGCAGGCACGCCUGUCAUGGGAAGCAUAGAUCGUCUGACAUGUCGUAUGUUGUCGGGGCAAUCAGCCGCAGUGUUGUCUCGAAACUCGUCGAUGAGCUUUCGACACCGGGCUCAACGAUAGACAAUUUCCUGCAAGAUCAGCUCGUCAUCUUCCAGGCUUUGGCGGAGGGGACGACGUCGUUCCCGCGUGCUGCUGCGCCGAAAGCUGGCAGUGGUGAUGACGUGAAUGUUGCGAGUCAAGACAUGGCGCAGUUGGAUCUAGAGAGGAUGAGGAAGGACAAGACGGAUAAACCAUUCGGAUACGGCAGCUUGCACGCUCAGACGGCGAGAUGGGUGGCGUCGGGGAUCUUGCCUACGGUGGAAUGGUAUAACAAGGGGACGGUAUGCAAAGGUGUUGGAACGAGCUUCAGCUAA